GUCAACUGAGUUUGGAGUGGAGUGAGGCUGUUGUCAGUUGCAGUGGAGAUGUGCCAUACACUGUGACUGCCACUCCAUGUCUGUCUGGGUCUGGUGACUGUGAGGUCAUCAGUGGUAGUCCAGUGGAGACCUUCUCUACCACUGAGUCCCAGAUUACACUCUCUGUGAAUGGAAGUGUUGGUCUGGAGUAUGACUUUACUGUCAGUACUUGUGCCAACACCAGUGAUGUGUACACUGUGAACCUCACAGGUGGGGUUGAUAUUGUGUAUGUACAUAAUAGAGGUUGAUUGUAUGUGUACUACAGCCACCAGUAGUAGUGGAGUUGAGUCUUCCUUCAACUAUAUCUACAAUAUAAUGACCCUGGAUGUAGACGCUGUUAACGUCACCUGGGGAAGAUAUUAUGUUCUUGGUAGAGAGACUGCCUACAGAGUUGUAAUUGAUGAACAAGUCGUUGAGAUUGUGACAUCACAAGACUGUAGUGGAGAGAUGUGUGGCUACAUCCAUUACUCUGACUCUCUCAAUUCUUGCUCUUCUGUGGCUGUGUAUGUGGUGGGAUGUGGCACUCAGAGAAUAAGUUUGAAGAAUACUUCACCAGUUUGUUCUCCAGAAGACCUGCUGUUUCUUGGUGUUGACUGGACAGCAAUGCCAGAGUUCACAGCUGAUGGACAAGGUGUCUAUUCAUUUCAUGGAGGAAAUGUGACCUACAAUGGAGUUUACGUGGGAUCUACUGCCACAUACAGAACUUCAAAAGACUAUCUAGUCAAUGGAGUUAGAAUCCUGGAGAGAAGAUGCACAAUUAAUAACAUGUGGACAGCUCCUGAGCUGAUAAUCAGCAAU